CGCACCGCAACGUCUCGUCGAUCGCGCGCCGCAGAGGAGGUCGGGACGGCAGUGGGGUGCAGGUUUUUGACCAUUUAAUGACACAAUGUCUCGACGAUAUGAUUCACGAACAACCAUAUUUUCACCUGAAGGACGGCUCUACCAGGUGGAAUAUGCAAUGGAAGCCAUUGGUCACGCUGGAACAUGCUUGGGGAUUUUGGCAAAUGACGGUGUUCUCUUAGCUGCAGAGAGGCGCAACAUCCACAAGCUACUAGAUGAAGUCUUCUUCUCCGAGAAGAUAUACAAACUGAAUGAUGACAUGGCCUGCAGCGUUGCAGGAAUAACAUCUGAUGCCAAUGUUCUUACAAAUGAGCUGCGACUGAUUGCCCAGAGAUAUCUCCUUCAGUAUCAAGAACCCAUCCCAUGUGAGCAGUUGGUCACAACGCUCUGCGAUAUCAAGCAGGCCUACACACAGUUUGGAGGGAAGCGACCUUUCGGUGUUUCGCUGCUGUAUAUGGGAUGGGAUAAGCACUAUGGCUACCAGCUGUAUCAGAGUGACCCCAGCGGAAACUACGGAGGAUGGAAAGCCACGUGCAUUGGAAACAACAGUGCUGCUGCUGUCUCUAUGCUGAAACAAGACUUCAAAGAAGGAGAAAUGACUUUAGAAUCAGCCCUUGCUUUGGCAAUUAAAGUGUUGAACAAGACAAUGGACGUCAGUAAACUUUCGGCUGAAAAGGUGGAAAUUGCAACGCUAAGCAGAGAAAAUGGGAAAACACGAAUAAAGGUCCUGAAGCAGAAGGAAGUUGAAGUAUUGAUUAAGCAACACGAGGAAGAAGAGGCAAAGUCAGAACGCGAGAAGAAGGAAAAGGACCAAAAAGAGAAGGAAAAGUAGAACUGCAGUUGAAUGAAGGCGGAUGCCAGCACCGAAAGCAAAGGUUUAUUGGAAAUCUACUUGUCUGCAGGGUCUUCUUUAUGGAACUGGUCAUACCAGGUAUCACAAGCCACUUGUACACUUUCAUAAAUCUGUUAUAUAUGGACUUGUAAUUGACUGAUGGGUUUUUAAUAAAUAACAAAGGCAACAUAUUGUUUAGAUUGUA